AUGGCGGUUUCACACACGAGAACAUACUGGCAGUCACAUCUGCAAGAGCUAUGCACAACCAAAUCCCUCCCGAAUCCUACUUACGAAGUCUUUGAGCAUAGCGGCGGGAGUAUACCCAUGGGCCGCAGCCCUAGUAGUGCAGAUGCAGGAGGAAACGCGUCACCAUCAGCAACGCACUUUGGUCAAUCAUGGUAUUCUUGCGUUGUUAGCGUAGGAGAGACAGACUACGAGACCAGCUAUGUGUACAAGGCCGAAGAGAACGCCAAAGAAAGGGCUGCGAAAAAAGCCUUCGAGGCCUUGAACAACAACACCUGA